AUGCAACACGAAACUCGGCCUACGAGAGACUCUGUCUUCGCUAUACUCAAUGAACCUGUAGACGUCGAACGUCGCAUGAAAGUGAUCAUAGUGGGCAGCGGAUUUGCUGGCCUUGCAGCCGCGUAUCGAGUCACAAAAGACGUAGAAAAUAUGGAUCUCGUCGUAUACGAGAAAAACAGCGAUGUUGGAGGAGUAUGGUAUCAGAAUCGCUACCCAGGCAUAACCUGUGAUGUACCCUCUCACGGCUAUCAAUUCUCCUACGCAGAGAAUACCCAGUGGAGCAAAUUUUACGCGCCUGGCUCUGAAAUUUUUCAAUACCUACGUGAUUACGUUGUUAUAUGCGCCACGGGCGGCCUCGACCAGAUACGAAUGCCAGACAUCGCAGGCCUGGGGAGCUUCAAAGGGAAAAUCGUGCAUACUGCCUCCUGGGAUAUGGAUCCGGCGGGGAGUGCUUGGGUGAAUCGUCGCGUUGCGGUGAUUGGAUAUGGCGCCAGCGCGACACAAGUAGUCCCUGCACUACAGCCUCACGUGGCGCACAUGGAUAACUAUGUGCGCGGACGCACGUGGAUUUUUCAGCCUUUCGUAACGUUGGAGAAGUACGAUGAUGGUGCGACAGGAAACCAUGUCUUUACGGAAGACGAAAAGCGCUCCUUCAAAGAGUCCCCAGAACAGUACAAGAAACUGCGACUCGAGAUUGAAGAUUCGCUCAAUCCAGCUUAUCCGCUCACUCAAGAUGGGAACGAUGGUCAAGCUAUGAUACGCCCUAUUUUCGAAAGCAUCAUGAAGAGGGACCAGCUCUUUAUUGUAGCUUUUGAUGCCAUCCCAUCGUCCUAUGACAGCCCCUCUCAGUUGUCGACGGUUAACACCUGGCCAAGGUUACCUGGAAGCUCUGGUACGUCCAUGGAUCGGUUAAUUUCGGGAAAGGAGUUGACACAUAAUGCCCCAAAGUUGGCCGACAACGUCCACUUCGUCAACACGAAGAUACAUCGCGUAACUGAAGAUGGUAUCGAGACAGUGGCGAACGUCGACAGUACGACGUUCCAGGUCGGGGGGCCCAACAGUGGGAUCUCCGUGGGCUCUUUGAUUCCGAUGCUUGAGAAGCAGGCAGAGUACAUCACGACAUGUAUCCUGAAGAUGCAACGACAGAGGAUUAAGGUGAUGACGGUUCAGAAACGCGCUGUGGACGAGUUCCAGGCGUAUAUCGAGGCCUACUUCCCCAGGACCGUCUUCUCGAAAAACUGCUCCAGCUGGUAUAAAGACGGCAAGAUUGAUGGCAGAGUGAUAGGGUUGUGGCCCGGAUCAACUCUGCACCAUCUCCGAGUUCUGGAGCAGCCUCGUUUCGAGGAUUAUGAGUACACCUACCUGGAAGACUCGGCAAGUUACCUGCGUUGGCUGGGUAACGGUCUGACUGUAGCGGAAGUGGAAGGGAAACCUGGCACGAGAGCUUGGUACGUCUGAGGGCCAACGCAGAUGGACGCGAAGGAAACGGAGGCUGCGAGGUCAGCGGUCCAUUGCCGUGGCUUGAUUGUACGGGUAUACCAACGAUAUGGAGGACUGGGUGAACCGCG